AUGACAGUCGGGAAUGCACCAGAACCAUCGCUAGCAGCAGGGUGUGUCGAGGAGAAUUUUCAAGAAUGGAAAGAAUCAAUGUCAAAUGAGGUUCGAUUGCCAGGUGGUUUAUCAUCUGGAAGCCGACAAAAAUUAUGGAUAUCGCUAGCGAAGAACUACAUACGUGAGGUACAUCUAGACUGGGAUAAAACACGACAAUUUGCAUUCAACCCGGAGUCAUAUCCGGAAGAUGAGCAGUUAAAUAAUCAAAUUGUUAAAGAUUUGCAUCGAACUGGUUGUAAUUGGUCGACUAAUGAACAAAAUCGAAUAAUACUUCAACGCGUUCUACUUGCCUUCGCUCGUUAUAAUAAAUCAAUCGGUUAUUGUCAAGGCCUUCACAUUUUAACAUCUGUUAUACUCGAUGUUAUGGAUAUGAAUGAAGAACACGCUCUCAUGAUCCUUAUCUACCUAAUCGAUUCGAUUCUACCAGAUUUCUUUUCGAAUAAUUUGCAUGCUCUAGCCAUCGACAUGACCGUAUUCGAUCAUUGGUUAAAAGUCUUCAACCCUCAAUUACAUUUGCAUUUAAAAAAUCUUCAAUCGACUUCUGCAUUGAAUGACGAUGAAGGAGGAAAUUAUGAACCUCCGCUGUUGAAUGUUUUUACAAUUCAAUGGUUUCUCACUCUAUUUGUCACAUGUUUACCUCGACCAGCAACAUUACGAGUCUGGGAUGCGUUAAUGAUCGAAGGAAAUGAAGUUCUGUUUCGAACCGGCUUACUUCUUUGGUCGAAAUUGUCCAUUGCUGUUUUGAAAGUAACAACCGCCGAUCAAUUCUAUUCAGCAAUGGGGCACUUAUCAGUGCAAUUACUGGAUGAAAAAAUCAUUGUUGCUGAUAAUCUUAUUCAAGAAAUCUAUAAUGUGGGUCCAUUUCCAACUCCAUUCUUGUCUGAACUUCGUCAGAAAUUUUCAAUUCAAGCACCGUCCAACCGAACAAGUCCUACCAAUCAAUCGAAAUCAAAAACUGAUCUGAAACGAAUCAAAACAAAACUGCUUGAUGAAGAAAUUGUGAAUUUUGUCUCGUGUUUUGCCAUACUUUCGUCAUCAUCGUUGCGAAACAAUCGAUCAGUGGAAAAAUCGAAUUCGCCGGAUGUAAAUCAACUUCGACAACAAUACAAAAAACUACAACAACGAAAUAAACAAGUUCAAAUUAUCAGCCAAACUUCAAAUACUCAACGCCAAUGUGCACCAGAUUCGAUUUGUUCCAUAUCCGCUGGACCAUUGGUUAAUCAUCUUCUCGUCAAACCAACGGAUAUCAAACGCAAUCAAUUGAGAAAGAACGUUUCAAGUAAAUCUCUCUCAUCGAAGGAUCAGCAACCGGAAGAAUACGAAAAGGAAAUUCAACAAUUGUUAACAUGUCUCAAUGUUCCUCAAUCGAACAAGCUGCCGCAAGCUGACUCAAAGAAAACAUCAUCGGACAAUUCUAUCGAUCGCUUUCUUAUAUCUCGAUCUGCUCAAAUUCCCAAAUAUUCUUCGUUCAAUCCUUUUCCCUCUCGUUCAUUCAAUGAAAAUGUUGCUGUCAAUGGUUAUAAACUUGGCCUGUAUUCUCCCGUUGUCACAAGUCGAUGA